GCGGGCUGCUAUGGCUGGACGAGAAUGAGCCGCUGCAUGCAGCAGUGCAGGCGGCCCUCCUUCUCAACACCUACUCUUGCUCCCUUCUCCGUGCCCGCGUGUUCUUCUCCCCUCCUCUCACACGUGUAACUCAGGCACACCAGGCGGGCUGUUAUGGCUGGAUGAGAAUGAGCCGCUGCAUGCAGCAGUGCAGGCGGCCUUUCUUCUCAAGACUUAACUGCAUACAAACGUAA